GGGCGUCACUGGACGGAGUGGGCGGUGAAGCGGCAAGCAGGGACGCGGCGGGGGGAGAGGAAGGACGGGGAAAGUCACGGUUCAGGCAAGUGUCCUGAAUGACGUAAAGCUGGGUAGUCAUUGACCCCAAGGAUUGGAGUUCGGACUCCUGUAUUUACACGGUUUGUCUAUUAACCUUGUUCACCAAGUUCUGUUCCCAGAAGUGAAGCGCUCGCAACCAAGGAAUGGGCUCGCGGUCUGUGUCCGAGGCUUCCAUCCUUCUCCUGCUCUCGGUUAUCGUGCGAGGUGAACUCCCCGAUGGAGUAAGCUGCGAUCCCGGCGUGACCAUAACAGGGGGCACGGUGACCCUGUCCAAUGGCGUGGCCGUUGGGAGCGUCCUGCGGUACAUUUGCCCGUCCGGAUUUUACCCCGAUCCGACAGCGAGCCGAACGUGCCAGAGCAGCGGCCAGUGGAGCACCAUGAGGGAUUCGCGCAGACGGACUGUUCGGAAGGCCGCCUGCAGAGGGUUUCGCUGCCCGCCACCCACAGUCGAACACGGGUCGUUCUUCCCACGGAGGGGGUCGCAUGUUCCGGGAGACAUGGUCAGCAUCGUGUGCGACGAUGGGUACCAGCUGCGGGGGUCGAGCAGCCGGUCCUGCCUGCCCAAUGGACGCUGGAAUGGCAGCACUACUGCCUGUGAUGAUGGAAUGGGUACCUGCCCAAAUCCCGGAAUUCCACCGGGAAGCAUCAAAACUGGGAAGAACUAUGACGUGGGCGACAAGGUCCAAUACCGAUGUCAGGGUGACUUGGUUCUGAUUGGUUCGUCGGUGAGGGUCUGCCUGGAGACGGGAGUGUGGACGGGCUCCGAGCCCAGCUGCCAGCACAAAUUUUCCUUUGAUCUCCCGGAAGAAGUGGCGAUGCAUUUCUCAUCCUCCUUCUCCCUGCUGCUGUCCGAGUCGAAGGAGGAGCCUGUAAAGUCAGAUCAGCUCGGCAGGAAGAUCAUCCUGAGACAGAAUGAGAAACUUUACAUCUACGUGCUGCUGGACGUCUCCGGGAGCAUUACCAGGGACGAUUUCCAGACAGCAAAGGAGAUCCUGAGCAAGUUCAUUGACAUGAUUGGCCGCUUUGAGGUGAGCGUGAGGUACGCCAUCCUCCUCUUCGGCUCCCAGACCCGUGACGUCGUCCACAUCGGCGCUGAGGAAUCCUCAGAUUCCAGGGAGGUGUCUGACAUUGUGUCCGCAAUGAAGUAUGACGAUUACGUGGUGAAGAGGAACUUGGGAACCAACGUGACCGGAGCUUUCAAAACCGUCUACGGGAUGAUGAGUUACGCCCGGACGAACAUGAAGGACCGACUGGACGAAUGGAUGCAGAUCCGCCACGUGAUCCUGGUCUUCACGGACGGACGGGCCAACGUGGACGGGGUGCCCACAGGCAUAAUGAAUCGCAUUCGCAGUUUCCUGGAGAUCGAGAAUUCUCGGGAGGACUACCUGGAUGUCUAUGUGUUCGGACUCGGUCAAAACGCCGACAAGGAGCAGAUCAACUCCAUUGCGUCCAAGAAGGCGAACGAGAGACACGCCUUCUUCCUGGCAAACGAAACACAUCUUAACACCGUCUUCAACCAUUUGCUGGACCUCUCCUCUGUGGGAAGCCUCUGCGGAUUUGCCAACAAGAGUUUAAAUGCCACCGAUGAACAGCGUUCUUACCCCUGGUUCACUGACAUCCUCCACAACCAGAAACCGAAUAGCCGCUGCUCCGGCUCCAUCGUGGCACCGCAGUGGAUUCUGACGGCGGCUCACUGUUUCGGAAACCUGGCGAAUGAAGACCCCAGCGACCUAUCCAUACGCGUGGGGAGUUCUGUCAAGAUCAUAGUGAAGAUUGAGCAAAUCAUUGUGCAUCCGCAGUACAAUCUGACCGGGAAGAUAGCGAAGAAGAUCCGUGAAUUCUACGAUUAUGACGUGGCUCUGAUCAAACUGGCGACAGAGCUGAAAUUCACAACGGACAUCAGACCCAUCUGCCUGCCCUGCACCGAGGAGACUAGUGUGGCUCUGCGCAGAUCGCGGACGGGAACGAGCUGCUCCGAUCACGAAAGCGAUCUACUGCCGAUGUCAGGAAUAGUGGAAGCAAAAUUUGUCCGGACCAAGAACUACCUCCAAACCUUAGAAAAUGUGAAAAUAAAGAUGGCGGGACAGGCUCGAGCUGAGUGUGAAAGAGAUGCUCUCAGAGCCGGAGUCUACGUUAACGUGAGUGAUGUCAAGGAGGUGGUGACCGACCGCUUUUUGUGCACAGGAGGCAAUCAGGAGGCCGUCAGCUGCAAGGGAGAUUCUGGCGGUCCCCUGUCGGUGGGGAAGCUGUACCGGUACAUCCAGGUGGGUGUUGUGAGCUGGGGCGUGAAGGACGUCUGUAUGGCCUCUUCCCCCCCAGUCGACGCCAGGGACUUCCACCUCAACGUGUUCCGGGUGGUGGAUUGGCUCCGGGAGCACCUUGCCGGGAGUGUGCGCUUCCUACAGCCCCGGCCAGGCCCGUAGGAGUG